GACAACCGGAGCAGACGACAACAAACUUUUUUUUUCCCCACCUAGCGAUCCUGUUUCCCAGAAGCUGAGAGCGACGUGGGGGAAAAACCCUCGUCCGAAAUUAUCACAUCUGACAGCACUUCAUGGAGCAGGGCACAGUGUGAGGCACCAGACCUAGUCAGCCUGCGCCUUUCUUUUCCACCAAGGGGAUGUCAGAGCCCGCGCAAAAACAUGGCCACCACCAAGCGCGCUGUUAUGUUGGGAGUUGUGCUUGUCGGCCUUUUGAAUUCGGUUGGGACAAGUAACAGUUCCUUUGUCUUAAGAAAACGACGCACGGAUGCAGAUGUCAUGCUUGACCAACUCGGAAGUAAACUUUGCCCCCAAGAAAACGUUGUUUGUCACUGUGGGACGGACAUGGCGACUUCUGUGGUCCAGGCACGACAGUGUCGCGUAUACACACAAUGGGGAGCUACAUGUGAGCCUUGUCCCAAGCAGCAAGUCUGCAAGAGGCUUAAAGACUGCCUGAGAUGUCAGGCCAACAACCCGGCCGGCAUUUGCGCCGAGUGCCACCCAGGCCGCUAUGGAAACAACUGCCAGGACGAACUUCCGUGCCGUCUCCCGGAAAUUAAACCACCGAUGAACAUUGCAAUAAUAAGCAGGAAACGGCGCGCCAAGAGCAAGCACCCGGACAAGGUGACGUUUAAAGCACAGUUCUCUUGCCAAGAUGGCGCCACGCUCAACGGCACUCGGGUCAGCAGGUGUCUGCCCAACGGCCAGUGGAACAAACCCUUCCCAACAUGCGAGCUGUGUGCGAUGGAGCCUCGCCACAUUGAGGGAGCAAGGGUCAAAGAGCACACCCCAGGCUACGUGGUGUACGAGUGUGACUUGGGUUUCAUGGCUGAGAAAGGCAAACCAUCCCAAGCAAUCCUGCGGUGUAACAAUGGGGAAUGGAUUGGAGACAUCAUCGAAUGCAUUCCAAGAGCCAGGUGCCUUGAGGUGCCGAUCUUUCACGGUGCCAGGCAGGUGGAGGCGCACUCUCAAGUAAGCGGCAGUUAUUUUGAAGACGACCGGCUGGUGUUUCAAUGUGAGCAGCCAUCUUCUACGCCACGCAGCUUUAUCUUCACCUGUAAAAACGGCCGGUGGCAGGGAGAGACUCCCACCUGUGAAAUGGCUGGCUGUGCGAGGUUUGAGCUGGAGGACGCUAAUGUAAGCUUAGAGAACUCUGAUGGCGAGUGGAACACUGCGCCCGUCGGCGCCACUGUGCAGAUUCACUGUGGUGGUGGACGCCUGCCACACCCGUCCUCCGGGCUGGUAACGUGCACACAAAAUGGCCGCUGGGAGCCCCCAGCCCCACAGUGUAUUAGUCUGCACGGUUCUUGUCAAAAUCGCUGCCGGCUUACCAAAUCAGAGGAUGUUGAAAUCACUCCAGACUGGAGUGAGAUUCUGCCCGGGCAAACGGUGAAGUAUACCUGCAAGGAAGGAUCUUUUCGCCAGGGGCCAGAAGAGCGGAUCUGUCUGUGCAAUGGAACUUUGACAGGCACAGAAACCUCCUGUUCAAGAAUAAGAACUUGCAACAUCACCCACAUAAGAGAGCCUUUAAAAUUCUGCAGAGGCCUGCAUUGCUCUAGCAAGUCGAAGAACGGGUGCAAGCAGGAAACGUACAUCCCAACCUAUGAGAUACCCGAGGGCCUGGUGCUGGACCAGACAGUCAUCGAGUUUUACUGUGAAGACGAGGAGAGGUACGAGCUGAAGGAGUCGUUCCGAGCCCAGUGUUUGCCAGACAAAGGGCCGAUACAGGUGCCUUCAUGUCGCCCCAGGUGCGGUCAGCGCUUUCCAGACAAAAAGCCUCGCGUGCAGGGUGGACACAGUACCAAGGUAAACGAGUGGCCGUGGCAAGCGGCCAUCCAAGAGGGAGACAGAACCGUUUGUGGUGCUGCGCUGGUGUCGGAUAAGUGGGUCAUCACCGCUGCACACUGCGUGACUGAGGUCAACAGCACCACGCCCAAGUCACCGCGUGCUGUGAGAGUGGUUUACGGUGCUACAAAAAUGGACGAGUUCCGACAAAAUGCACAGGUCAUUCAGAAGAUCCACGUCCACGACGACUACAAUCCACGUGACUACACACACGACCUCGCUCUGCUGGAGCUCAGCGCCGUCGCCCUUAUGUCCAAGCGGGUGGGGCUGGUGUGCCUCCCCACUUCAACCGAAUGCACCCAGAAGCGUUUUUCUUCUGGCACACGGGGAAUAGUGACCGGGUGGGGCAGGAUGGGAGAGGGACUAUUCCCUGAACUUCAAGAACUGAACAUGACUGUCAUUGAAGGCGAACCGUGCCGAGAUUAUUUCAUCCAACAGGGUUAUACAAUGGCAGACAGACUCAGUCAAGACACCUUCUGCUCUAUUAGUGAUGACAGUACACAGAAUGCAGUGGAAGGCGAUUCGGGUAGCCCGUUUGUCGUUCAAGUGGAGAACACCUGGGUCCUGGAGGGUCUGGUCAGCUUCGGCCACUCGGAUGAAUUCGACACGAACCCCAAGGAGACCACCAAAAGCAGGGCCUGCAACUCCGACAAGUGCUACACAGGCUUCACGCGAGUCAGCAGUUACCUCCCUUGGAUCUACGACAAGCUCGGCAUCAUCGCCGACGCGGACCGGUGUGUGCAUUGAGGGUGACGGGAGGAGGUCUGGUGUGAGGAGAAGGGGUAGGAAAGGGGCACACGAUAUCAUCCUACCCGCUGUUGCUGAUGUUUCACUCUUUUCUCUCUUAUUAACAUUUAGGCGAAAGAUGAGCUUCAGAGGACGGUGGACUUUCCGAAAAUUCGCUUAAUGCUUAAUAAUAGUCAGAGUUUGACACCUUUCGUUCCGUCGAUUCGCUGAAGUAUUUGUUCAUAAGUUUUACCACUGAUUCCUAAUGUGUCUUUAUUCGUAUCCAGGGGCUUGAUGUAUGAAACAGAACAGAAGCCGAAGUCCAGGACUUUACAAAACGGACCGUUCUGUAAGAUUUAUAACAAACGACACUAUUUUCUUUCUGUUGCCGAUGUUGUAAUAAUAAUAAUAAUAAUAAUAAUAAUAAUAAUAAUAAUAAUAAUAAUAACAUAUAGCAUAGAUCCCCAUUUUAAGGUAGGAAAUAUGGACUGCACAAAGACAAAAUACUGAAAUUUAGAAAUACAGACCUAAAAAGGAGGCAUACAUAGACCAAAGCAUAUCAACAAAGACACACGGAGAGAACUAUCUAACAUAAAAGUGCGAGAUCCCGCAGUCAAAACGAGAUGGGGAAAGGUUGGUUUGAGCACUGGGCUGGAAGUUGUUUUGAAUAAAUUUUUAAGCGGGCAACACAAUGAAGAGCAGAGUACAAGGGCUAUCAAGUCCUGCCAGCAAGAAAACAGUGCACAUCGAGCAAGCACUUUCAAAUUUUAUUUUAGGGUGAGCUUUGCGAGCUUGCAUUGGGUUAUUGGAACUGCUUGCAUCUUGUGCAAAAUUUUAAUCCCGCCUUAUGUGUACUGAACAACAACUGACACUUUCUGAAAAGUACAUCACAGCGGAAGACUCACUGGCAGAGAACGAGGAGUGGCCAACAAUUACAAGCUGAUUGUUUACGUCCGGUAGCAUUUUUUACUUGUUAUUUUCACACUAUUUUCACCUCCUAGUUGGCGAUAACGAGAAGAAACUGACCCACGGCAGUUCGUAGAAACCUCCAGUCGGGACAUCCCCUCCGUUUACUAAACGGUUAAAAAAAAUCCUUUAAAAUUUAUUCAGUUUAAAAACGCAUCAGUAGGGAGCCGCCUGUAUUUUAACAAUAAAUGUACCUGCCAAAAUGUCGAAGAUAUCUUAUUGUCAAGCAAAGACAAUCGUGAUUUUUUAUUUUUAAUUUGAGAAUACCGUUAAAGUUUAGGCUGUGUUAGAAACUUUGUUCAGUUUUGCCAUGUGUCUGCAUGUGUGUGUGCGCGUGCGAGAGAGAGAGAGAGAGGGGAGGGGGCCGAGUGGUAUGUUAUCAACAUCUCACAAAAAAAAUUAAAAAUUAAAAUCAAAAAUAAUUUUCUAUGGAUGAGGAACGUUGAAAGAGAACCUGUAUACAGUCAUUGCUGUUUUUGUUUUGUUUUUUUAAUUUUACUCUUGAUACAGUAACUUAGUGCUUACCUUUACUUGUUUCAUAAACGACUCGAUACCCGAGAACUGAUUAUUAGUAUCGUAACUUGUAUUAAAAUGUUUUAGACUGUGAAAAUCACAUGUUUUUCUGCCUACCCGAGUGCUUUUUCCUUCUUUUUAUGUAAUUCUUUUGGAAUCCUUUAGAUUGUUUUGAUAUUUAAUACCUGAUUACAAUUUGUACUUAUUAUUUUUUGUCAAAUGUCAUUACGCUCCUAGUGACAAUGUAUGGGUCAUCUUGUGGAAAAGGAUUUCGUAAGCACAUUAGAAAGAAGAAGAACAGGGUAUUGACAUUGUUGAACGAAAUCCUCUUUUAGGUGGUGUUAAAAUAAAGACCCAAUCUAAAUGAGAA